CAAAUGUUGUCUCGAUUCCAAGAUGGCUUUUAGUUGCGCCCAUCAUGGAUCGACCUGAUUCACAACUCCGAACAUAAACCCCAAAUUGGGUUUGGCUUUCAGAGUCCGUCGAUGAUUGCCCGAUGCUAACGUUCUCUCAGUCGUAUCAGGAACCGACGUCGCGAUGACGGGCCUGCAACCCCGCGAGCUUGAUGAGGGCAGCUCCGACUCCGGCCACGACCCGACCCCCGACAAGCUUCAGGAGCUGCGGCACGAUGGCUCAGUCCUGGCAAUCGCGGUCUCUGACCAAUACAUCUUUGCCGGUACCAGCAAGGGCGAGAUCGUCCUAUGGUCCCUCGGCACCUACCAGCAUGUCCAAACGAUCCAGGCGCACAAACGAAGCGUCCUCUGCCUGCUCCUGUCCGAAGACUCCAAGUACCUGUUCUCGAGCGCAUGUGAGCCCAUCAUUGGCGUCUGGUGCCCCAAGACCUUCACCCGUCUCUACGAGAUCUACAGCACCUACGAUGUCGGCGACGUCUUCAGCGUGGCCUACUCCCCGCAACGGGAGACACUCUAUCUCGGCACACAGACACAGGACAUCCAAUGGGUCAGCUUGAAGGAUCCGACAAGGAGGGUGUCCCACGACUCUGCGAAUCAUCCAGAUAAGCGCCAGCACCGCUUCUUCGACUCGCGCGCUGUUGGCGGGACGUCUACACCUAGGCGAACGGAAGAGCACUACGCCCUCAUCCCAAAGGCUGCGACCGUGCUGGAGAUUGACCCGGGGGCAAUCCGUCAGUAUGCACACUACGGCUGGGUGUUCUGCAUGUUGGUAGCCAAAGGGCCGACAGUGCUCGGCGAUCCGGACGAAGAAGUCCUCAUAUCUGGCGGUGGAGAUGGCACGAUCAAGCUGUGGCGUCUUUCCGACGAUGGUCCGGACUACGAUGACGGGGUGCUGGGCGAUAUCGAGGAAAUGAUGACCCUCGGCGAGGAUGACAGCGAAUCCGUGAUGUCCCUCGCCGUGGACGGUUCUUUUCUAUACGCCGGCAAGCUGCAGGGCAUCAUCGAGCUGUGGGAUCUGGACACGAAGCAGAAGUUGAGGGUGAUCAAGGCCCAUGACGGGAAUGUCAACACGCUUAGGAUGAGUUUUGGUCUUCUCUGGAGUGCAGCGACCGGGGGCUCGGCGUCGAAACACAGCACGGUGCACUAUGGCAGAGACAAGAACGGCCUCUCCCAAAACGUCAGCCAAAAGUACCAGUGCCUCAGCCGGUGGAAGGCCCACGGCGCCAAGAUCCUGUCAUCGGCGGUGGCCGUCCACCAAAACGAGCGGCUUUACCUCACAGGAGCCAAUGACAACACAGUCCGCGUCUGGCGUGUUAGUGGCAUGCCAACACAAGCCGAGCAGGAGGUCGGCGGAUCCGAAAACAUGAUGAUUGCAUCGCUCCGCGAGUUCGUCUCGUUCAAGACCAUUUCAUCCCGCCCCGAGUUCACUGAAGAUUGCCGCAAGGGUGCCACCUACCUGGGCUCCCUCUUCAAGCGCCUCGGCGCCCAGGUCGAGAUGCUCAGUACUGGCGGUCCGCAUAAUCCCGUCGUGUAUGCCAAGUUCAGCGGCAAGCUUGAGCCUGCCGAGAAGCGUAAGCGCAUCCUCUUCUACGGUCACUACGACGUCGUGCCAGCGGACAUGAAGGGCAAUAAUUGGCAGACCGACCCCUUCAAGCUGGAAGGUCGCGAUGGUUACCUCUACGGCCGUGGAGUCAGCGACAACAAGGGCCCAAUUAUCGCCGCGCUCUACGCAGUUUCAGACCUGCUGCAAGCCAAAGUCCUUGACUCGGACAUUCUCUUCCUCAUCGAAGGCGAAGAGGAGUCCGGCUCGCGCGGCUUCCAAGACACCAUCCGCAUGCACAAGGACCUGGUCGGCCAUGUUGACUACGUCCUCUUGGCCAACAGCUACUGGCUCGACGACGAAGUCCCGUGCCUGACGUACGGCCUGCGCGGUGUGCUGCACGCCACAGUGUGCAUCGACUCGAAGUACCCGGACCUGCACUCGGGCGUCGACGGCAGCAACAUGCUCUCGGAGCCGCUCACCGACCUAACCCUCCUCCUAGCCAAGCUCAAGGACGCCCAAAAUCACGUCAAGAUCCCGGGCUUCUACGACGGCAUCCUCCCGCUCACGCACGAAGAGGACCAGCGCUACGACGACAUCGCGCGCAUCCUUAUCCGCCGCAACCCGGCAAACGGGCCCAUCGAGCACCUGAAGCGCAGCCUCAUGGCCCGUUGGCGCGAGCCCAACCUCACCAUCCAUCGGUAUAACGUCUCCGGGCCCGACGGCUCACUUAUUAGCAGCCACGCCACGGCCAAUGUUAGUGUCAGGCUGGUGCCGGGGCAGGAGGUUGAGCAGGUCAUUGAUGCGCUGAAGAAGUAUCUGCGGGACGAAUACGAGAAAUUUGGCAGCGAGAAUACGUUGACGGUCAGGAUCGAUAACAAGGCCGAGCCGUGGUUGGGCGUGCCCGGGAAUUAUAUCUUUCGGACGCUGGAGGAGGCGGUUGUGCGCGCCUGGGCGCCUGCGGCAGCCGGUGACAGUGCUACUGCUGCUGCUGCGCAGGAUGGGGAGGAAGCUGGGGUGUCUGGGGUGGCGAUGCCGGCGAAUGCGACGGACGGGGAGGAGAAGCCCAAGUGCAGGAAGCCGCUGUAUAUCCGGGAAGGUGGAUCCAUUCCGCCGAUUCGGUUUCUGGAGAAGGAGUUCAAUGCACCCGCUGCGCAUCUGCCGUGUGGGCAAGCCAGUGAUGCGGCGCAUCUGGAUAACGAGCGGUUGAGAGUGGUGAACUUGAUGAAGAGUAGGGAGAUCUUUAGGACAGUGUUUAGGAAUUUGUAGGGUGGAGGUGUCUGUGGGAGAGAGUUCGGCGCUCAUGGGCUUUUCGAAGGCUACCCUACCUAUCUUCGAGACAUCCUCUUUCCAUCGAAGACAGAUGAAGUGACUUGGGUUUCAAGAAUUCCAUAUCAACUGGUACC